AUGGGCAAGAAGACGCUCAGCAGCCUCGAGAUCACGCUCAUCGUCCUGUUCUGCCUGGCCCUCAUCGUGGCCUGCGUCCUCAUCGGCCUUUUCGCCACCGGGCAGUCGGGCCUCAAAACGACCCCAAAGGAAUUCACUCCACAAUGCACACUUCUGACAUCCUCAGAGAGGAUUGACUGCAUCCCGGACCAAGUAGCAACAAAGAACCUCUGCAACCUGCGCGGCUGCUGCUGGGGGCCGCAGAGCGACACCAGCGUGCCCUGGUGCUACUUCUCGUCAAACCACGGCUACCAAGUGGACGGAUCCGUGCGGACAACCCAGGCGGGCUUCCAGGCGUCGUUGAGAAGGCUGUCGUCACCUUCCCUCUUCGGAAACGACAUCAACACCGUCCUCCUCACCGGAGAGUAUCAGACGCAAAAUCGCUUCCGGUUCAAGAUCACUGAUCCUAACGCACAAAGAUUUGAAGUCCCCCACGAGCACGUAGAAUCCUUCAGCGGAUCUGCAGCCUCCAACUUAAAGUAUAAAGUUGACGUUAAGCAGAAUCCCUUUGGCAUCGUGGUGACCAGACUAAGCAAUGGAAAAGUCCUGUUCGACACCACUAUUGGGCCGCUGCAGUACGCCGACCAGUACUUGCAGCUGUCCAUCAAACUGCCCAGCAGCAACAUCUACGGCGUGGGCGAGCACGUGCACAAGCAGUACCGGCAUGACGUCAACUGGAAAACCUGGCCCAUGUUCAGCAGGGACACGGCCCCCUCCGGGGAUAUGCAUAACUUAUACGGAGUUCAAACUUUCUUCCUGUGCUUGGAAGACAGCACUGGAGCCUCUGUGGGUGUUUUCUUGAUGAAUAGCAAUGCCAUGGAGUUUGCGGUGCAGCCCGCCCCGGCAGUGACUUACCGAACCAUCGGGGGAAUCCUCGAUUUCUACGUCUUCUUGGGGGACACACCGGAGCAAGUGGUGCAGGAGUACCUGAAGCUGGUGGGGCUGCCGCUGCUUCCCGCCUACUGGAGCCUGGGCUUCCAGCUCAGCCGCUGGAACUACAGCUCGCUGGACCAGGUCAAAGCCGUCGUCGAGAGGAACCGGGCCAUCGACCUGCCCUACGACGCUCAGUACACAGACAUCGACUAUAUGGAGGAAAUGAAAGAUUUUACCUAUGACAAGGUGAAUUUUAAAGAUCUCCCCAGUUUCGCGACGUAUAUGCACGACUAUGGACAAAAAUACAUUAUCAUCUUGGAUCCCGCUAUCAGCACGGCCAACCUCGCGGACGGCAGCGCUUACGGCAGCUAUGCCAGGGGCGAGAGCAAAAAGGUUUGGAUUAACGAGUCGGACGGAGCGACGCCGCUGACUGGGGAGGUGUGGCCAGGAGUAACUGUGUUCCCAGACUUCACUAAUCCCGACUGCACCAGCUGGUGGGUGGAGGAAUGCAGAUUAUUUUACAAUACGGUGCCCUAUGACGGGAUCUGGAUUGAUAUGAACGAAGUGUCCAGCUUUGUUCAGGGCUCAAGAAGUGGCUGUGAGCAGAACGACUUAAACUACCCUCCCUUCACGCCCAAUAUUCUUGACAGGCUCAUGUUUUCCAAGACGAUCUGUAUGGAUGCAGUGCAGAAGUGGGGGAGACAUUACGACGUCCACAGCCUUUUCGGCUAUUCCAUGACCCUCUCAACCCAGCGAGCCAUUGAAACCGUGUUUCCGGGAAAACGGGGCUUCCUUCUCUCGCGGUCCACCUUCGCUGGGUCGGGAAAGUAUGCGGGACACUGGCUGGGAGACAACGCGGCCGUCUGGGAUCACCUGAGGUGGUCAAUACCCGGGAUGCUGGAGUUUAACCUCUUUGGGAUACCCUACAUUGGGGCAGAUAUUUGCGGUUUCUUUGAUGAUACCACAGAAGAACUUUGCAGACGGUGGAUGCAAGUAGGAGCAUUUUAUCCAUUUUGCAGGAAUCACAACGCUGAACUGUACAUACCUCAGGAUCCAGCCAUCUUUGGGGCUGAUUCGGUUUUGGUGAAAACCUCAAAGCAUUACUUGAAUAUCCGCUAUACUCUGCUGCCCUACCUGUAUACGCUCUUUUACAAAGCUCACACUCAAGGAGACACAGUCACACGGCCGAUUUUGCAUGAGUUUUACUCUGACGAAGCAACGUGGGACAUUGACAGGCAGUUCCUGUGGGGUCCCGGGCUGCUCAUCACGGCUGUGCUCGAGCAGGGCAUGGAUGUGAUCCAGGCAUACAUCCCUGACGCCGUAUGGUACGAAUAUGAGACAGGGGCAAAAAUAUCGUGGAGAAAAGAGUGGGCUGACAUGUACCUGCCGGCAGACAAACUGGGACUUCAUUUGAGGGGAGGCUACGUUUUCCCUUUCCAACAACCAGCUACCACAACGGUCGCCAGCCGCAAGAAUCCUAUGGGACUUAUCAUCGCCCUGGAUGACAAUAACAGAGCAUCCGGGGACUUGUUCUGGGAUGACGGAGAAUCCACAGGUACUGUUGAAAAUAAAGUCUACAUUUACUACGAGUUUAUAGUUUCCAAUAACAGCCUACAAAUGAAUGUUAUAAACAACGGUUACACUGACCCAAACAACUUGAAGUUUGAAGAAAUCAGAAUAUUGGGGUUGCUCCUGGAACCGACGCAAGUCACCGUGACUCUGGACAAUGUUGUGCAAAGCUCUUCUCACAAUAUCAGCUACGAUCCUUCAGCCAAGGUCGCUCGUAUAACAGGGCUUCAGCUGCAGCUGGGAAGGUCCUACAAGCUACAAUGGAAUCAAGAAGCCAGCGCCAACGAAAGAUAUGACUGCUACCCCAGCCCUAACGCAACCAAGGAGCAGUGCGAGCAGCUCGGCUGCGUCUGGAGCGAAGUCACCUCGGACGCGGAUAUUCCACCCUGCUACUACAGCGCCGACAACGCGUACGCCGUCGAGCAAGUGGAGUACAGCACGGAUGGUCUGGCAGCUAACCUCGUCCUCAGCAGCGGCAGCACCAGGGCUUACGAGAACUCCACCCUGCCGAUCGGUACCCUUCGCCUGGAGGUGAAAUAUCAUCACAACAACAUGCUGCAAUUCAAGAUUUAUGAUUACCAAAACAAACGAUACGAGGUUCCAGUCCCGCUCAACCUCCCCAGCGCCCCGACGAGCACCGCUGAGGAGCGACUCUACGACGUCUCUGUUCAGAGAAAACCCUUUGGGAUACAGAUUCGGCGCAAAAGCACAGGGACGGUUAUCUGGGAUUCUCAGCUACCCACCUUCACGUUCAGUGACAUGUUCAUCCAGAUUUCUACCCGCUUGGCAUCGCAAUAUAUAUAUGGCUUUGGUGAGACCGAACAUACCAUGUUUCGGCGUAACAUGAGCUGGCAUACCUGGGGGUUAUUCACGAGAGACCAGGCUCCCGCUUACAAGAUGAAUUCCUAUGGUUUUCAUCCGUUUUACAUGGCUCUUGAGGAAGAUGGCAAUGCCCAUGGAGUUCUCCUGCUGAACAGCAAUGCGAUGGACGUGACGUUCCAGCCCACUCCGGCCCUGACCUACCGCACGAUCGGAGGGAUCCUGGACUUCUACAUGGUUCUGGGCCCGACGCCGGAGAGCGUGGUGCAGGAAUACACCGCACUGAUCGGCCGACCGGUCAUGCCACCCUACUGGUCCUUGGGCUUCCAGCUGUGCCGCUACGGGUACAGAAACGACUCGGAGAUCGCCGAGCUGGUGGCGGCAAUGAAGGCAGCCGGCAUUCCCCAUGAUGUUCAAUACGCAGAUAUUGAUUAUAUGGAACGGCAAUUGGACUUCACCCUUGGCGCACGCUUUGCUGGAUUACCAGCUCUAAUUAACAAAAUAAAACAAGAAGGAAUGAGAUUCAUCCCUAUCCUGGAUCCAACCAUCUCUGGGAAUGAAACCAAUUACCCCCCCUUCUCCAGAGGUUUGCAGAAGGAUGUCUUCAUGAAAUGGCCCAACACCAAUGACAUUAUAUAUUCAAAGGUCUGGCCGUUUCUUCCCAACGUAGAAGUUAAUGAGACACUACCUGAGCAAACCCAAAUACAGCUCUACGGAGCGCACGCCGCUUUCCCAGAUUUCUUCCGCAAUUCCACAGCUGAGUGGUGGAAGCAGGAAAUCGCGGAAUGCUACAACAACCCCACCAACGCCUCCAGAAGCCUGAAGUUUGAUGGCCUAUGGAUCGACAUGAACGAACCUGCAGCCUUUAUGAACGGUGCCAUUGGCGGCUGUAGAGAUGACCACCUGAAUUUCCCACCGUAUAUACCUCAUUUAGGAUACCGGUCAGAGGGAUUAAUUUUCAAAACUCCGUGCAUGGAAGGGCAGCAACAUCUUCCGGACGACACGCCGGUGAGACACUACGAUGUCCACAGCCUGUACGGAUGGUCCCAAACAAGACCUACCCUCGAGGCUCUGCAGAGCGUCACCAAGGAGCGCGGCAUCGUCAUCACCCGCUCGACGUACCCCAGCAGCGGGCGGUGGGCCGGGCACUGGCUGGGCGACAACACGGCCGCCUGGGAUCAGCUCACCAAGUCCAUCAUCGGUAUGAUGGAGUUCAGCCUCUUUGGAAUCUCUUAUACCGGAGCAGAUAUCUGCGGCUUCUUCCAGGACUCGCAGUACGAGUUGUGCAUUCGCUGGAUGCAGCUGGGGGCAUUUUACCCCUACUCGAGGAACCACAACCAGAAAGGGACCCGGAGGCAAGACCCUGUUUCCUGGAACUCAACGUUUGAAGAGCUUUCCAGGCACGUACUGAAUAUAAGAUACACCCUGUUACCCUACUUCUACACGCUGAUGUACGAAGCCCAUGCCCACGGAAGCACUGUGAUCCGCCCCGUCCUCCACGAGUUUGUGGAAGACAGAACUGCAUGGGAAAUAUAUAAACAGUUUCUGUGGGGACCUGCACUGCUCAUCAGCCCUGUACUGGACCAAGGUGCCGUAACGGUGAACGCUUACUUUCCCAACGCCCGCUGGUACGAUUACCACACAGAUGAACUUACUGGCUUCAGGGGACAAUUUAGUGUGUUAUCAGCUCCUUUGGAACAUAUCAACCUUCAUAUCCGAGGAGGUUACAUCCUUGCUUGGCAAAACCCUGCUAAUACAACUUUUUACAGCCGAAAAAACCCAAUGGGACUUACUGUUGCUUUGAAUGACAGUCAGCUUGCACAUGGGCAGCUUUAUUGGGAUGACGGGGUUCGCAUUGAUGCCUAUGAAGACGGUGUAUAUCUGCUAACAUCAUUUACUGCUAAUCAGACCAUUUUGGACAUCAGCGUCGUGCACCGUGGUUACGCUGACCCGAACAACUUAAUGUUUACGGACAUCAAAGUCCUGGGGGUGAGCACGAACGUUCAGCAGGUGACGGUAAUGCAGAAGGGGGAAGCGAUCACCUCUGGGCACAGCGUGUCCUACAACAGCACGAAGCAGGUCCUGUUAAUUUCCCAUCUUGAACUUGAAUUAGGUGAAGACUACACGGUGCAAUGGAGCUAAGAUGCCUGAGAAAUAACAUCAGCCACAUCUCUGAAUUUUCUCAUUGUUUUUAAAACCAGCUGUCAAUUUUCAUACUGCCUCUUUGACAUCCUAAAGUAAUUUGUACUAUAAAAAU